CACAAGCAGUUCAACAAUCAUAAGCCCUAUACAUACUCCCCAAAAUCUCCCUCAUUUCUCUCUCUGAACCUUCAUUAUUACAACAGUGAGAUUGCACAGGGAAGAUGAAGUUCAGGGCAGCUACUCAGAGACUUCUUCUCUUCGCUCAAGCCGCUCGCCACGCCCGAAAUUUCCACCAACAGCCUCGCCACUUUUCUACGUUCUUUCGGAAGGUACAAUCCUCUGCAGCCCGUGCUUCAAUCAAUGGCGGCGGCGGCGGCGGACGAAGGGGUAGCUCUCAAGGUAAUUCUUUCUUUGUUCCGGGAGCAACUGUGGGAACGGUACUUAUGCUUGGUGCGCUGCACGCUCGUCGACUCUAUGAUGAUAAGAAGAUCGAAGAGGCUAGAGAGAAAGGAAUUGAAUUGGAGUUCCAUCCUGAUGUAAAGGCUACAUUCUUGAGCUUCCUACCACUGCGUACCAUUUCAAGGUUUUGGGGGUUUUUGACCAGUGUGGAAUAUCCCAUCUGGCUGCGGCCACAUGUCUACAAAGCCUGGGCUCGAGCAUUCGAUUCCAACUUGGAAGAAGCAGCCUUGCCUUUGGAAGAAUAUGCAUCUUUACGGCAUUUUUUUGUUCGCACGUUGAAAGAAGGCUGUAGACCUAUCGAUUCUGAUCCAUGUUGUCUGAUCAGUCCUGUAGAUGGAACAGUUCUAAGAUUUGGAGAGCUGAAGGAAGCUGGGGUUAUGAUUGAGCAAGUUAAAGGAUUCUCUUAUUCUGUUUCUUCCCUGCUUGGAGCAAAAUCAUUCCUUCCCAUGACUGCUGGCGAGAACAUCCAACAAGAGUCUGGUGGAGAAGAUAAAUCUAUGGGAGACGAGACUCAGAAAUCAUGGUGGAGAGUUUCUCUGGCUUCUCCGAAAGUUAGAGGCAUUUCACCAGAGAGCCCAAUGAAAGGCCUUUUCUACUGUGUAAUUUACUUGAAGCCUGGAGAUUAUCAUCGGAUACACUCUCCAGUAGAUUGGAAUGUACUUGUUCGUCGACAUUUUUCAGGUCGGCUUUAUCCUUUGAAUGAACGUUCUAUGAGAACAAUCAGAAACCUUUAUGUUGAGAAUGAAAGGGUGGUGCUUGAAGGUCAAUGGCAGGAAGGAUAUAUGGCAAUGGCAGCAAUUGGUGCUACAAAUAUUGGUUCUAUUGAGCUUUUUGUCGAACCCACACUGCACACAAAUCGGCCCAGAAAGAAACUUUUGCAUUCAGAACCUCCUGAAGAACGGGCUUAUGAACCUGAAGGCAAUGGCAUUAUGCUUAAGAAAGGAGAUGAGGUAGGUGCUUUUAACAUGGGAUCAACUGUAGUACUCGUCUUCCAAGCUCCAGUUUCAUCUGCAAAUGAGCGUAUGCCAUCUGACUUUAAAUUUUGCAUUGAAAGAGGGGACAGGAUCCGUAUGGGUGAAGCACUUGGUAGAUGGCAUGAUGCAUAAUUAAUGAUAGCUCGUCAAGCAUGCUGUGAACCAUUCCGAGGAUUCUUAUGAAUUGUGACCCAGAUUUUUGGUGAUGAAUAGCUAGCUAUGAAAGCUUUGCAAACGUCCAAUUUGUAUCAAGUCCACCAUCGGAAAUACGGUGUCACAUUAUUCUGGUGGAAGUGACAAAUUUUCACCUGUAAUUGAUAGAAAUUUGUUGCUUGAGAGUUUCUCAAGAUGGUUAUGUUUAUCCUUAUCAAUAGUGAUUGUGCGGUUUAUUUGUGCCAA